AACACUGGUCAAGUGCACACCGGCGUCAUGGGCUCGCGUGGUUUAUGAAGAAAAUAAAGUUUAUUUUUGUGUAUAGAUAGUCAAAAAAUAAUAAAACGUUGGAUUUUUGAUAAUAAGUUCCUGAGCUUCAAAUGGGCAAACCAGAGUUCAACGGAGGCCGUGGCGGCGGGCGUGGGGGUUUCGGUGGCGGCCGGGGCCGCGGGGGUGGUAGAGGAGGCUUUGGAGGUCGCGGGGGCGGGGGCGGAGGCGGCCGCGGGGGAUUUGAGAAGAGGGGCGGCGGCAGAGGGUUUGGCAGAGGAGGAGGAGGAGGUGGUGGCCGCGGUCGCGGCGGCGGAGGUAGAGGAGGCGGCGGCUUCAAGGGAGGCAAGCAAGUUAUCAUUGAGCCACACAGACACGCUGGAGUAUUCAUCGCCAGAGGUAAAGAGGAUGCGCUGGUCACCAGAAAUCUUGUGCCAGGGUCUGAAGUAUAUGGAGAAAAGAGAAUAUCUGUGGAGACUGAUGGAGAAAAGGUGGAGUACAGAGUAUGGAACCCGUUCAGGUCAAAGUUGGCAGCGGCAAUCAUGGGUGGUGUUGAUGCCAUACACAUGCCUCCGGGCUCCAGGGUGCUGUAUCUUGGAGCUGCUAGUGGAACUACUGUCAGUCAUGUCUCCGAUGUGGUUGGACCGGAGGGUCUGGUGUACGCCGUGGAGUUCUCCCACCGCUCCGGGCGGGACCUUAUCAAUGUGGCCAAGAAGAGGACCAAUAUUAUACCUAUCAUUGAAGAUGCCAGGCACCCGCUCAAAUACAGAAUGCUGGUGGGCAUGGUGGACACGAUAUUCGCGGACGUGGCACAGCCUGACCAGGCUAGGAUCGUCAGUCUCAACGCGCAACACUUUUUGAAGAAUGGAGGACAUUUCGUUAUUUCCAUCAAGGCCUCCUGCAUCGACUCAACCGCCCAACCCGAAGCCGUGUUCGCGGCCGAAGUGAAGAAACUACAAGCAGAUAAACUGAAGCCUCAGGAACAGCUGACUUUAGAACCUUAUGAACGAGACCACGCCGUCGUCGUCGGGGUCUUCAGACCACCGCCCAAGAAAGACAAAUAGAUGUUUACUUGACUAUCAAAAGCUAGAGUUUAAUUUGAGUAAGAUCAAUAUGAAAUUAAGGGAAAUAAUUGCCUGAUUUAUUUUCUGUUUCAUUAAAUUCCAUUACUUAAAUGAUAAAACUGGUCAGAAUUUUUGGAAUUUUAAUCUGAAUUAACUUUCAUAUACACAGGUUUUUAGAAAGCUAGGUCAAAAACGUUAGAAGUUUAAUUGAUAUAGAAUUUAAGGCUUUCCAUCAAGCUAACACACCAUGUACGGUUCCUGUUUCUGACUUGGACUAAUUUAAAAGAUAUAUGAAGUUGAAAUGUAUUUGAUAUACUGCCGGAUGUCAUGUUUUAGUUUAAGUAUAGUGUUAAGUAAGUUUUAUGGACAUACGUGAGGUGUAUGUGUAAGUUUUAAGAGAAUGAUAAAAUAUAAACGAUGGUGCGAAUGACAAA